CCUGAUCACUGAUUCUUCUUGGGAUGUCUGCUAUGACAGCUCUCUUCCUGUACUUCACUACUCUGUUAGACCAACCUCGGAGCUAUGAACACAAAGGGAAUAUAGAACCAUCAGAUAUAGAGAUAGAGAGAAUAUACAAAGAAAACAAGAAUAUUAAUUCCCUUCUGAAGUCUCUCAUGACUACCAAAUUCUUUAGAAAUUUCAGGACUAAUCCCUCCAGAAAAUGUGAGUUUUCUAUUAGCAACCAGAAAUGUAAAAAUGGGCAAUGCCCUGUUUACGAAGAUGAAGCUAUGAAUGUAACCACUAUUAGGACUUAUAUUGUUAACCGAACACUGGAUCCCAAGAUGCAGGAAUUUACCAGUCAUAUCCCAGUUGAAGAAUAUACUGAUCAAUCAGACGGAUGGACUGUCGAUGAGCAUCUAGAGAAGGAAGGGCUUUAUAUCGACCUCCAAAAGAAUCCUGAGAGGUACACUGGCUUUAACGAUACCAAAAUAUGGAAUGAAAUAGAGAGUCAGAGUUUAAACAAGCUUAACUUCACUACUUCUGGGCCUCAUAGAGACUUACUCCCAAGAGUAAUUUCAGGGAUUCACACAAGUAGUGAUAUGCACAUCAGUCAGUUCUUCCUAGAGGAUAUCAGUGUGAGAGAGAGCUUUACAACUGUGGAUUUCACUGCUAAUUAUGAGCAAUUUCAUGAAAGAGUUGGGAAAUAUCCUGACAAAAUUAAGGACUUGUUCUAUACAUCACUACUGUUCAUUGAUGCAUUAAGCCAUAUUAGAGAGAAUCUUCCUCAUUAUAUCUACUAUUCAGAUGACGAGUCUAAAAACAUGAGGAUUCAGAAUAGAAUGCAGUGGUUCAGUCAUUAUGUAAGCAAGGUAGCAGACCCUGACAAAAUUCAAUCCGGGUUGUUUAAAAAGGUCACGAAAGAAGAACUCAUCCAAUCAGUAAAGCCUGCUUUUAGAAGUGUAUCAGAACUAGUAAACUGAAUUGAAUGUGAUGUGUGCAAGCUUAACACAAGAGUUCAGUUUGUUGGGGUAGCAGCCAUGUUUAAGAUCCUCUUGACAGAGAAAGAUAAGGAAGUUAUUCUCUCUGAGAACGAACUUGUUGCCUUCAUCAACACAAUCUUCAGACUUUCCAAUAGUAUUAAGUUCUACAAAGAAGCACUUGACCAUGAAGCAAGCGAAGCUUUUAUUAAAAUGAUGAUGUAUAUAAUAAUCCUGUCUUUUGCUGGACUCUUCUUCUUCCUCGCCAUAAUAGCAUUCUGCUGAUCAAGUCCUCCUAAGAAGGAUGAAGAAAGGGUUCCUCUCAGAAUGCAGGACGCUAUUGCUGCUGAAGUAAUUAGCAGGCAACUAUAAACCCAUU